UUAAUGCUAAUACUAUCGGCUACCAACAGUGAAUACGAUUGGCGGAUACGGUCUCCCAUGGUGACUGACACGGUCUCCCAUGGUGACUGACAUUGACAUAUAGGCGCUACAUUCGCUGCUUUCUGCUAGUCCAUAAACAAGCAGUCUGAUGCUGCAAUACCUGUUCAUAAAACACUAAAUUAGUAGCGUUUGAUGUAGACAGUCGGAUUGACGGGUCUGAGUGCGACAUUAAAAGUGAAAGCACCAGGAUUCUCCUGUCAGAUAAAUUUGGCUGGCAGAAAUCAAACUGGCAGAGAUGGAUGAGCAGAGUGUUGAGAGUAUUGCGGAAGUCUUCCGCUGCUUCAUUUGCAUGGAAAAGCUUCGCGAUGCCCGUCUCUGCCCUCAUUGUUCCAAACUCUGCUGUUUCAGCUGCAUACGGCGAUGGCUGACAGAACAGAGAGCUCAAUGUCCCCAUUGUCGAGCUCCUCUUCAGCUGAGGGAACUGGUCAACUGUCGCUGGGCAGAGGAAGUGACUCAACAACUGGACACACUACAGCUCUGCAACCUCACAAAACACGAGGAGAACGACAAAGACAAGUGUGAGAACCAUCAUGAAAAGUUGAGCGUGUUCUGCUGGACUUGUAAGAAGUGCAUCUGUCACCAGUGCGCUCUGUGGGGAGGCAUGCACGGAGGUCAUACGUUCAAACCCCUGGCCGAGAUCUACGAGCAGCAUGUGACCAAGGUGAACGAGGAGGUGGCUAAGCUGCGCCGCCGGCUGAUGGAGCUCAUUAGUCUGGUUCAAGAAGUGGAGAAGAACGUUGAGGCGGUGCGUGGGGCGAAGGAUGAGAGGGUGAGGGAGAUCCGGAAUGCUGUGGAAAUGAUGAUCGCUCGACUUGAUAAUCAGCUCAAGAACAAACUCAUCACGCUCAUGGGACAGAAGACCUCUUUGACACAGGAAACAGAACUGCUGGAGUCUCUGCUGCAGGAAGUGGAACAUCAGCUGCGUUCAUGCAGUAAGAGCGAGCUGAUCUCCAAGAGUCCAGAGAUCCUGCUUAUGUUCCAGCAGGUUCACAGGAAACCAAUGCAGUCUUUUGUCACCACUCCUGUCCCACCAGACUUCACCAGUGAGCUGGUCCCUGCCUAUGACUCCAGCACUUUUGUUUUGGCAAACUUCAGUACUCUGCGUCAGAGAGCCGACCCCGUCUACAGCCCCCCGCUCCAGAUAUCAGGCCUUUGCUGGAGGUUGAAGGUUUAUCCGGAUGGAAAUGGAGUUGUUCGGGGAAACUAUCUCUCUGUUUUUCUGGAGUUGUCUGCGGGGCUUCCUGAGACGUCCAAAUAUGAAUACAGGGUGGAGAUGGUCCAUCAGGCCUCGAGUGACCCCACUAAAAACAUAAUUCGGGAGUUUGCAUCAGACUUUGAGGUGGGCGAGUGCUGGGGGUAUAACCGGUUCUUCAGGUUGGACCUUCUCGCCAGUGAAGGAUACUUGAAUAUGCAGACUGACACGCUUGUGCUCAGGUAUCAAGUGCGAUCACCUACGUUUUUCCAGAAGUGUAGAGAUCAGUAUUGGUAUAUAACUCAGCUGGAGUCGGCCCAGUCCAGUUACGUUCAGCAGAUCAACAACCUAAAAGAGAGGUUGGCCAUAGAACUAUUCCGUCGGCAGAAGUCACGGAGUUCCUCUCCACCUGAUCGACGUCUCUGCCCCACAACUUCCUCCGGGAGAGACUCUCGUCAGGGGAAGAGCUCCUUACUGGAGGAAGGGAGUCAGGCAGCAUCAGUGGGGACGAAGGAAGAUGAGGAUGAAGAGAAGACUCAGCAUGAUGACUCUAAUGAGUUGUCUGACGGGGAUCUGGAGGUGGACUGUUUAACUGGAGAUGAAGAUGUCAAUCCUCUGGAUGGAAGCAGCACCUCUGGAAGCUCCACAGCCACCAGUAACACGGAGGAGAAUGACAUUGACGAAGAGACCAUGUCUGGUGAGAAUGAUGUGGAGUACACUGGGAAUCUAGACCUUGAGGAAGGCGAAUUACCUGAUGAUGUUGCCGGGGCAACAGGAGAUUCGGGUGCCUGUGCCCGGGGCUCAAGGCGCGGGGCAGGUGCAAGUUCAGCCAGCCUCCUGGAGAUCGACCCGGUCAUCCUCAUCCAACUCUUGGACCUGAAGGACCGCAGUCAUGUGGAGUCACUGUGGGGGAUGCAGCCCCGCCCCCCUAAUACUGUCCUCCAGAGCCAAGCUGCUGCGGUGCCCUCCCGUAAAGAGCGCGAGCGUCGCCCUCAGGCGGUGCGUCGGUCAGCCCCGGACUCGGGGGUCCUGAUCAGACUGAAGGCUCAGAUGGCAGAAGUGCGCAGUAAGAUGUCAGACGUGAAAGGGCAGCUGGAAGCUCGCAGUGGAGCCGGUCGAGUCUCCUCUCAGGAAGCCUCGACCCACGAGCAGGGCCCCUCCAUGGACUCAGAGAUGGGACCCAGCCGCAAACCCAGUGAACUGCUCUUCAAAGCGCCCAUUUCAUCAAGACACUCUCGCAGUGGGGUGAAGAAGGCUGGUUCGCCUAAGCAGGAGAGUGUGGGAGCGCUGGCCGGACUGUCCCUGCGCCGGACUGUGGAUGCCGGAGAGAAGGAGCUGAGAGGAGCGGGCCGAGAGUCCCCUUCUGAACCUGCUCUGUGUCCCAGAGAGGGACCCUCCUCCUUAGAUGGCUCCCUGAAAGCGCGCAGUGUGCAGAGUUCUCCUCCCUCGCUGGGAAGCAGCUCCUCUUCCUCCGAUAAGCCCUCUGGCUCCACACACGAGGAGCUGCUGUACGGAGCUUCAUCUUCAGACCUGUUCAGCAUCACCGCUCUCAAUGGAGCGGCUGCACCCGGCACCAAACAGCGCAGGGGUCCAGCCGCUGGGCCUGGCCUGCUGAUAGACAGCUCUCUGAACUGUGAUCAAGAGAGUGCCUGUGAAAUCCAGUCACUGCUGUCACUGGCAGAGCCAUCGUCCUCUUCCUCCUCACGCCCUGAUGAAGAUCUCCUCAGUGAGAAACAGCCUCACCGCGUUCUGCCGAGCAUGAGCAGUGACAGCGAGCUGGACUGUGACACGGAGAACGAGAACGAGGAUGAAGUUGUGUCUCUGGAGGCUGGAGACUGUGUGUUUGACACCAGAACACUACCCUGCCCAGGCGAGCAGCUGAUCCCUGAUGAUCUGAGCUUUGUGUCUGGAGAGACCACAGAGAGGUGAUCCGCCACCGCAAAUGCUACAAAAAUGUCCUGAAUGUGCUCCUUACAAUGAUGUCUGUGCACUCACUUUAUGUUAAGAUCGAACACGUGCUACUGUGUAUGUUAUUUAAGAGAAACACAACUUUCAGGAUGGGAAAGAAAAGUGUUUUCUCUGCAUUGUGAAAUGCGUAACAUUCCGUUAUAAAGGUGUAUAAAUUUAUGUGUGCAUAACUAGAUAAUCGUAUAUUAAAGUUGUAUACUACAUUUCUUUACUUUUGCAAUGCUGCUUAUUGUCAUACAUUUUUAUUUUAUUUUUAUUUUUUGUUGUUGUUGAAAUAUUUUGGCACAUUUAAGUCAGAAUGUCAAUGCUGCUCUGUUACCGAUUCAUGUGGCUUUAUAUGUAUAUAUAUUUGUGAUUUUUGUAGCUAACCUUCACACACUUCAGCUGUGUAGUCCACAAGCUUUCUAUUCCCAAAACAUGUUUACAUUGACUAAAUAUCUGCAGAAACGGGAACAUGGAGCUGAUACAAGUUCAAAUAAUUUUCUGAAUUAAUUGUUUUUGUUAUAUAUAUGUAUAUCAUAUAAGCAGUUAUUACACAGCUCAGUUACAAGCAUUAGUGAACUCAUUAAUGCUACAUUCCCAUUUUUGCUUGUCUCCCCUUUUUGUUUUUAUAUAUAUAUAAACCCAUGUUAACUCCUAUAAGAUGUCCAAAUAAAAGGCAGUUACAUACUUAAACCAAAGUCUCGGGUGGGUCCAGGUCUGUGUUUUUAGCCUGCUGGAGUGUUUGUGCGGUGUGGUUUGAGCUCAGAGUCAGACACACAUUGAUGACAGUGUUUCUGUUGUGAAUAGAUGUCGUGGCGUCAUCAACAGUUGGGAACUGAUGCGCUUCUGUUCAUCUGAGGUCACAGUGUUGCUCACUCAGUACAGUCUGUUGAAAGUGUAAAUGUUUUGUUGAAAAUUGUAUUAGAUUUUGCUGUUUGAUCUUUGGCUUAUGAAUGAACAACAGGUCAGUUCCCCUCCAGCAUGUGUCUCUGCAAAGUCUAAAACAAUGAAGACGGUCGGUGUUCCUUGACUAUUCAAUAGAAAUCUAAUGCUUUGCUUUGUGCUUUAAUAAUAAUGUCCUUAUUUUAAUGUUUUAUGUUUCAUAUGAGCAAUAGAGCAAUCUGUUUACUGGUUUAUUUCUCUAGCAUAUUUUUAAAGAUUUUUUGUGUUUGGAACGGAGGGAGGCUCAAAACAAUCUGGAGUAUAUGCACAUGGACUGUAUAUUUAUCUAAGGUCAAAUCUGAGCAAAUAAAAGAUGUGAUACUAUUAAA